UGUCCUCUGAGGCAACGAUUGGCCAACAUAUUAGUACUUUGUUUGAUUUUUGUUUAUUUAUUUUUUUUCCUCUCCAGUUUGUAAGGUCGUUAACACCUCGCUUUGUUGGCCUCUCAAGACUUCCAGCUAUCAACACCAAAUUGGGUUGUGUAAUUCUAUAAGCUUGGGCCAACGCCAUCACCAACAAACCCAGUAAUUGCUUCAGGGAUGCUGGGCUCAUUAUUGGUCUCCCCUUUGCGAACCCUUGAGGGUGAUCACUGGUGAUGGCACCCGCCCUUCCCCCAUGGAAUAUCCAUCAAGAAAGAUCGACCACUCUCAAACCAUAUCAGCAGCGAACAUCAACAACUUCAUUGCCUCAGCAUUUUCCCCAUGCCAUCCCUUCAUCUCCUCUCUGAUCAAGCCCCUUUGUUGUAUGCACAAAAUAAAAAAAUUCUAUCACAAAAUCGUGACCUUGUUGCAUUAGGCAUCAUCACUCCUCUACUCAAAAUCCCAUCAAUAACAUCACUCAUAGAGGAAGUCAUAAUAGUAAUGUCAUGAUCCCCCAUCACUACAGCAGAGUCCUUUCGUUAUAGUCUUGACUCCAGAUUGAAUUUGCUCCCCCACUCAUUUUGAAUUGGGCCUCGAUCUGGGAUUCUGGUUAGAGAGGCAUUGGCGCGACAACAGGAGUUCACAAUCUGGGGGGAGGGGUGGUGGGACAGGAAUAGGCAAAGCUCUGGUGGGAGAGGCUGGACGGUGGGUUCUAGGCUCUUGGGUUGAGAAUCUGGAGAGGUCAUUGUCGAUUGUGUAAGCAUGGGUUCGGAGAUUUCGAACUUGCAUAGAACGGAAGACAUGUCGUAAGAGAGAACUAAAGAGAUGUUUACAUGAGGAUCGGGUCGAAGGAGAAUAGGUUUGCGGACAAGGUGAAAGCAUGGAGGGUGUAAAGGUUGAUAGAGAGGGCGGAAGAGAGCAUAAGGAUGUGGAGGGAACAGCAAAGAGUGGCGUAGUGGAAGCGUGCAAUGCAUAUCCGGUCUUUGUUUUCUCUUCUCUCGAGUCUGAAUCUCAUCAAAACCACAUGCAUGUGAGAAGUUGGUUCUACACCAUUCAUGGAUGGCAGAAGGCUUAAUCUAAGAAUUUUACUGCCCCCAUGAAGGGAUCAAAACUACCGGCUCGCAUGCUGACAGAUAUUUCGACAUUAACACUGAGAAUGUCACCCUUGACAAACUGUUCAUCCCUCAUUUCAAGGGAAAGGUCUCGCAAGUUAAUCUCCUCAUCAAGAAAAUGGAAACUGCAUUCAGUUGAUCAACCCCAGGUCGUUCAUUUAGAAGAUAACGAGAAAUUAUGGACACAAUGCAAAGUUUUACUUUCGUCACUUAAUUUCACCAACGAGGAGGCAGAUAAGAUGCUCAAGAAAGCUUUCGGGUGGGCCCAUUCUCCGUACUGGGGCGAAGAAAGGAAGAAAGAAGUUCCCAAUAAACAUUCAAUAAAGGAGAUGUUAGAUUAUCUAAAGAGUUUGACCCUUUCGGAUGAUGACCUCCACAAAUUACUGAAAAAGUUCCCUGAGGUUCUUGGAUGUGACAUUGAUCAAGAAGUGAAGAGCAAUGUGAGUACUCUGGAGAAGGAUUGGGGAAUCAAAGGGAAACAACUGCGUAAUCUUUUACUACGGAAUCCUAAAGUUCUUGGGUAUAAUGUGGAUUGCAAAGGAGAUUGUAUGGCUCAAUGUACACGCUGUUGGGUUCGGUUUUAGUGCCAUCUGUUUGCUACCUGUACAUUGGAUCUUCUUUCUUUGCCUAUGUCUUGAUAAAAAUAAUUGUUCCUAGUUUUAAGAAUUAUUAGUUGUACAAAAUUGAAAUUACUGGUACUUGUUGUAACUUGCUAGUCCAUAUUGUUCCUAGUUUUAAGAAUUGUUCGUACUGGUUGUAACUUGCUAUGUCUCGAUAAAAAUAAUUGUUCCUAGUUUUAAGAA